GAGAAAUAGGACGUAAUCAACCAAGUGAAUUGGCUACCAAGUUUGAUACCUAAAUUAGGAAAAGGACAACAAAAUGAAAUUCACCGACCUAUUGCUGCCACUAACCAUAUUAUUGAUAUCUAUGGAGAGUUUCACAAGUUGGGCAACGGAAAAUGAAAAUAUUUUUCCUCUUUCCAACUGUUCCAAAACAUGCGGUGAUAUAAAGAUUGAAUAUCCUUUUGGUAUUGGCGUUGGCUGUUAUCGUACUGUUGAAUUUAAUCUUACUUGUGCAUAUGACUCUGAUCCUCCAAGGCUCCUCUUAGGGAAUGACACUAUCCAAGUAAGGAAUUUUAAUAUGGAGAAAGGUCUAGUCUACAUUGAACCACCAUAUGUCACAUUAAAUGCAGAUGCAUAUAUGAACUCCACAUCCAUCGAUCUUAAGAAUUUGCCUCUCUCUUUUAACUUAGGUUUAAUGUAUUCUAGAACAUCAAUCGAGCUUAUGAGCUUUAACAAUUUAUAUGUGGCUGGUUGUAAUGCUACUGCCAAUAUUCUUGAUGUGUCUACCAAUGGUAUAAUAGGUGUUUGUUCGACAAUCUGCUCCUCAAGAAAUACUUCAACUACUAAGCAAAUAUUUAUGUCUGACAAUGGAUAUUGUGGAUUUGAUAUGUUUGAUGUGAAAACAAACAAAAAUUCAUGGGCUAUUCAGUUAACUCGACUCAAUGAGACUGAGAACGAGAAUAGUAUGAUCAGCAAUAAUACCUCUAGCAUCAUAGCUUUGAUAUACGAUGAGGAGUCCAGCAGUCAUGAUGACCUUCAGAAAUUUAUAAAUAAUAGGAACAAAACUGGAUUGACAGCCACUCUCGCUUGGUAUAUUAAUGACUAUCCCACAUGCAAAGAGGCCAGGAAGAGGAGCGACACUUAUGCAUGUCGUAGUCACAGAAGUGAAUGCUCCGAUGUCUUUCCUGAAGAUUCACUCUACUGGAAUGAAACCAUUGGUUACAACUGUCGAUGUUCUUUAGAUUAUGACGGCAACCCCUACCUACCUGACGGUUGCAAAUUAGGUAAAAAUUUUACAUCAACUCCAGCAAAAGAUUGUCAAACCAAAUGUGGAAAUAUUACAAUUUCUUUUCCCUUCGGGCUAAAAAAGGGUUGUUAUCGAGGCGAAGGCUUUGCUCUAACAUGCAAUGAGACGUCCCAUCCUCCAACUCUCUUAUUUGGAGACUAUUAUGUAGUGAGUAAAAUUUCAUUGCAAGGGAAAUUGGAGUUCAAUAUUCCUAGUUAUUUUGAUUUCUCAUUUAGACAGUCAUAUUUUACCUCCUCCAAAGAGAAUAUGAUCAGUAUAAAUUGGGUAAUAGACUACCAAUCUUGCAACGAUGCUGAAAAAGACGCGACCACCUUCGCAUGUAUGGAUGCACAUAGUAUAUGUGUAAAUGUGAAUGACACAGGAAAUAUUCAAGAUAUGGGUUACCGUUGCAACUGCUCAGAUGGCUACAUUGGAAAUCCUUACCUCCAGGAUGGAUGUAAAGAAGAUCCGCAAUAUGAAGCAUACCUGGUGAGCAGAAAGAAGACUCUUUUAUUGGGGGUACUCCUUGGUGCAAGCAUUGGAAUAGGCUUCUUGCUUUUAUGCAUAACAUGGGUCAUCCUAAGAAGAAAAUGGAAGUCACGGAAUCAAAAGAAAAUAAGACAAAGGAACUUUCAUGAAAAUCAUGGUUUAUUACUUCAACAGAUAAUCUUCACAACUGACUAUGCUGAUGAGAAAAUAAAUAUAUUUUCUUUAGAAGAAAUGGAAAAGGCAACAAAUAAUUUUGAUGAAACUAGAGUACUUGGAAAGGGAGGACAUGGAACUGUUUAUAAAGGAAUUCUAUCAGAUCAGCGGAUUGUUGCCAUAAAAAAAUCAAAAAUUGUUAGAAAGAGUGAGAUUGAUCAAUUCAUAAAUGAAGUUGCAAUUCUUUCUCAGAUCAGUCAUAGGAAUAUAGUCAAGCUAUUAGGAUGUUGUUUGGAAACUGAUGUUCCUUUAUUAAUUUAUGAAUUUGUCUCUAACGGGACCCUUUCAGAUCAUCUUCAUAUUUUACAAGGUGAAUCAAAAUUAUCAUGGGAUGAUCGUCUCAGGAUUGCCACAGAAUCUGCAGGAGCACUUGCUUAUCUACAUUCAGCUGCUUCUAUAUCUAUUUUUCAUAGAGACGUCAAAUCAUCAAAUAUUCUUUUAGAUGAUACUUUUAGGGCAAAGGUAUCAGACUUUGGAGCAUCGAGAUUUAUUCCUCUUAAUCAAACACACAUUGUUACUGCCAUACAUGGUACCUUUGGAUACUUAGAUCCGGAAUAUUAUCAAACUAGUCAAUUGACAGAGAAGAGCGAUGUCUAUAGCUUUGGAGUUAUUCUUCUUGAGAUUUUAACUGGAAAGAAACCUGCCUACUCAACCAAAAGUGGAUUGCCACAGAACCUAACUAUGAAUUUCCUUCCAGCAACAAGAGAGAACAUGCUAUAUGAUCUUGUAGAAGAUCGUGUUUUGCAAGAAGGAACAGAGCAUGAGAUUCUUGAAAUAAGUAAUUUAAUAAAAAUAUGUCUGAGUUUAAAAGGUGCAGAAAGACCUACGAUGAAGGAAGUUGAGUAUAAAUUACAAGACAUAAGAAAGGCCCGAAUGAAAAAGAAAAAAGUUUGUAUUCCAGAAGGCAAUGAGGAAACUGAAAGGUUACUUACUAUGUCAUCUUACUCAUCCUCAGAAUUGAUGGAUCAAAUAAAUCAAGAAAAUUCUAGAAAUUAUAGCUUUGAGAAGGAAGUCAUGUGGUCACAAAAUUACCCUCGUUAAUUUGGUAUAGUAUAUGCAAAGUGCAAUUUGCUUAUGUUUGUUAUCAUCUUUAACUUGGUACAAUUAAUUUUACAAACAUUGAUGUAUGCAUAUUGUUUAAU